GGCCGUUGUUGUCACCUUGGCCAUGGCGGCGGGGCCGCCCCCCCCACUAGAGCCUUGCCCGCUCCCCACGUUCCCUGAGGAGGGAUUCACGGAGAAGUUCCUGCGCAAGACCCGCGAGAACCCCCUGGUGCCCCUCGGCUGCCUGUGCACCGUCAGUGUCCUGGCCUACGGAAUAAUCUGCUUCAAGAAAGGCAACACUCGCCGCUCGCAGCUGAUGAUGCGGGCGCGUGUCAUAGCCCAGGGCUUCACCUUUGCCGCCCUGCUGGGGGGCAUGGCGGCCACGGCUAUCAAAUCCCGACAGUGACCUCGGACGAGAGCGAAGCUACGGCCACGGGCAAGCGUCUACCAGCUGGCAGAGUGGAUCCUGGCUGCAGAUGGAGUUUUCUGAGAGACUGUUGUAAUGUCUCGGUGAAGCCAAUUCUGGAGCACUGGAAGUAGGGUGAAUACAUUCUGUGAUUAACAUGUAA